UCUUAUUAUAACCAGCGGUGUGCUAACUUUUUAAGAAGAACCAUAAUUACUUUAUGCCAUUACCAACACUCCUAAAAUCUUUCGUUGGUUCCAAGGUACACACUUCAGGCUGGCGACCGCCGGUGACCUGUGGUUCUACUUAAAAAUUGUAUAAAAGUCACAUCUUGUUCAUACACAACAUUUACACCAACAUUCAUAUCUUGAAACAGAUCAAGUCGUGUUAAUUAAAUACGUAUAUUUAAGCCAGUAACGGCUAAUUCUCAGCAAAUUCGUAAAUAAUUUGAAUUGAUUGACCAUGGCGAUCCACACAGUUUUUCUGGGCGUCAUUGUUGUAGCUGUGUGUUGGUUGCAUUUUGCCAGAGGUAAGUUUCUUACUCAAGAAGGGUAUGGGAGUAUAAUGGAAGUAAGGCUAGAUUAUACAUGUCUUAAAGCUUUGAUUAGUUCAAAUGAUUGUGUCUACUCAAAAACUAGAUAAAAUUAAAAGUAGGUUUGUUGCGGAUGCAUAGGGACAUAGUGUUCACUUUAUAUCAUAGGGACAUAGUGUUCACUUUAGAACAUAGGGACAUAGUGUUCACUUUAGAACAUAGGGACAUAGUGUUCACUUUAUAUCAUAGGGACAUAGUGUUCACUUUAUAUCAUAGGGACAUAGUGUUCACUUUAGAACAUAGGGACAUAGUGUUCACUUUAGAACAUAGGGACAUAGUGUUCACUUUAUAUCAUAGGGACAUAGUGUUCACUUUAGUACAUAGGGACAUAGUGUUCACUUUAGAACAUAGGGACAUAGUGUUCACUUUAGAACAUAGGGACAUAGUGUUCACUUAGAACAUAGGGACAUAGUGUUCACUUAGAACAUAGGGACAUAGUGUUCACUUUAGAACAUAGGGACAUAGUGUUCACUUUAGAACAUAGGGACAUAGUGUUCACUUUAUAUCGGAAGUAAAAUAUAAAAAAGUUAUUAAAAAAAAAACAAUAAUGCAUUUGGUUCUUAAUCAGUUAGCUACUUUUUUUUUUUACAAGCAAAAUUUAAUCAUUUGUGUAUCAGUUCAUGACACCACUCUCACUUCCAUUCGCUACUUUCCGUUCUUCUGCUUCUAAUAUUUGUUUUCGUUAGAGAAUAGUUCCCAAUGUUAAUCUUUUCUUUUUUUAAUCUUCCAUUAUUUUUUUUAGUUAUAGGUAGGAAAUGCAUAUUUAUCUAAUUUCAAUUUUUAAUUAUUUAAUUUUUUUCGUUCAUACUUAUGCAACUUACAAAAUGUAUAGUUUGUCUCAUCAUAAGUAAAUUUUCCAAUUUUUUUUUAAUGGACACGAUUAGUUUGUGUGCCAUUAAUCACAAAGGCUUGGCAUCGAUUCCCGGUAUUGAAAUAUCUGAUUUUAAAGUGGAAUACCUCUCUAUGUCAUACGAUUACUUUAAUAAUGAAUGAAACUGGCCAAAGCUAAAGGUUGUGGAAUAAUAUUUCUAUUUUCUGAAUCCCACGACCAGCAUCAUACCUGAGCUUGACGGCGGAACCAUCGGUCAUACAUCCAGUUAUAACAGCCAAGCUCCAGCUCAGGUGCUCGGUGAAAAACGGCACGGUCCUGACACACAUCUUACUACAAAACAAUUCAUCCUCCACACAAGAAGCUGACAUGACUCAAACCCCGAGCACCACUGACCGCUUUCUGGCCAUCGCUAUCAUGAAGGUCAACGAGAAGUCUGGAUCAACCGAGGCCGUCGCGAGCGUGACAGGUUGCGAGGUCCCGGUCAUCCAACAAGGGUUCGCCAACACAAUCAAAGCUGAGGGCAGUAGCGAGGGUUCGCAAGAGCCGGACGAGCUGGGUUAUCUGCUUCUAACGUGGGACCAUCCUUCAACCACGGACUCGGGUACCUUCAAGUGUGAAGCGAUAUUUCUCAACCCCCAGAGCUUCUCGCAGACCCUCAGGACUUCUCUAGAUGUUCCUGCUAACGAGCCUUCACUUUCAGAUCUCAUCACCUACAUUUCCGCCAACAGCAAAUACAUCGCGUCACUGGAGAAGCAAGUCCAGGAGUUGGCGAAGGAGAAUCAAGAGCUCUCAGCAGACGUUAAACAGCUUUCCAACAGGACUCUCGAGCAGAGGGUGCUGACAACAGAUAACAUCCAGACAGGCUCCGCUAGUUGCAAAAACCAAUAUAUUUACUUCCCGCAUGCCUUCAGAAACGAGCCAGUCAUCUUCACCUCUGUAUCCAGCCUCUCCUUUCAGAGAUUGGAUUAUUAUUCGCAAUCGUUUAGUAUCCAGGUUGAUGACGUAUCCAGCUAUGGAUUUUCGGUCAACUGCACGACACCGUCCUACUACACCACAGCAGGCUUUGACUGGUUGGGUAUUGGGAACUAAUCAGUUGACGACAAAAAGACAAGAUGAAAAUGAUUUUCUUUUCCUUGUUGAAAGAUACGAGGAGGUUUGAUUUAAAAAUAAAAUUGUGCUGUCUUUGUGUUGACAUUUUUUUCCCCAAAACAAUAUUAAAAAUAAAUCUUCAGUUUUUGUUCGUGUCCUCAAGGUUAUGACACAUGUGCCUGUCUUAGAUGGACGAAAGGUUUUUAAAACGGCCAAUUUUGCGAUGGUCAAUUCAACUUAUUAAUGAACUUGCACCUGGCUGUCUUAACUCUUUUUUAAAUGCAUGUGUUAAAUUUUUAGUUUCUUAAUUUCUUGGUAAUUUGUCAAUUACUUGUAUGGAUAAUGUAUGUAAGAAUAAAUAGGCAUAAAAAAUUGAAUUACUUUCGUAUCGCAGAGCGUCUGAAGCUGCAUUAUUUGAGAAUUCACUUGAACUGAAUAUUCAGAUUAACUUCAUCAUCGACGCCAGAGUAAAUGAGAAGACGAGUGACCUGAGUGACUGUAAUGAAAUAUUUCGCUUCAUAAAAAAGUGAGACAUAAACGUCAUCAUUUAGACUGGAAAUAGCUUACACUUUCAGCUGAUAUUAACCAGAGCUUUAUUGGUUUAAAUUCAAUUCAAAAGACGCUAGCAAUAAAAGUUAACCCCACUAUAACAUGGCCACUAAAACAUGCCAACUAUAGCAUGCCCACUAUAACAUGCCAACUAUAGCAUGCCCACUAUAACAUGCCUACUAUAACAUGCCUACUAUAGCAUGCCAACUAAAACAUGCCAACUAUAAAAUGGCCAAUUUAACAUGUCCACUAUACCAUCCCCACUAUAAAAUUUCCACUAUAACAUGCCCACCAGAACAUCCCCACCACAACAUGCCCACCACAACAUGCCCACUAUAACAUGUCAACUAUAACAUGGCCCCUUUAACAUGUCCACUCUACCAUCCCCACUAUAAAAUUUCAACUAUAACAUGCCCACCAGAACAUCCCCACCACAACAUGCCCACCAUAACAUGCCCACUAUAACAUGUCAACUAUAACAUGGCCACUUUAACAUGUCCACUAUACCAUCCCCACUAUAACAUGUCCACUAUAACAUGCCCACUAUAACAUGUCCACUAUACCAUCCCCACUCUAACAUGCCCACUCUAACAUGCCCACUCUAACAUGCCCACUCUAACAUGCCCACUCUAACAUGCCCACUCUAACAUGCCCCGGCGUUAUGCAACUACUGACAUUACGUAACCCCUCGUUACUUCGGUAACUUUGUAUUUUUAUUUGCUGUACAUUUGUUUCCCCUUCGCAGUAAGUGAACAAAAUAAUAAAACUAUUAACUAUUAAAACAUACUCGUAAAUUUAAUAAACUUCUCGUAAAAAA